GGAUCCUCAACAUGGUGCAGCGCUGCGUCAAAGAUAAUCGACCUUCUGUAUUAUGACUUCUGGUUCACUCACUCUAUCCUCCGAUUUUUGAUAGCUGAGUUGUUCUCAAGGAGAAUGUCCAUGUCUCCAUACCAACGUCAUGUUCAAACACGCCCUUCCACAUCGCGUUCCCGCAGCUAGACGAUACCUCCAGCCGAGAUGGUCUUCUCAGUCCUCAACUGCCCAAGAGCCCUUUCCACCAAAUAUCAAUGAAUGGUCUCAUCCUCCCUCCAAUGCCACCAUAUCAGACGAGGAAAUCUCCCGACUCGCAGCCAAACCUCGUCAACCUCUAACUCUCGCCGACCUCGUCAAACAUGGCAAACCCCCUCUCAACGACGCCGCUCUCCUCUCCUCCGCCAACUUCACACUCUCCCGCCUCCCCGCCCGUUUAGCCCAUCGAAUCCAAGCCCUGCGCAAUCUCCCCUUUAUCGUCGUCGCCAACCCCAAUGUGUCCGCCAUCUACAACAACUACCUCCACUCCCUCUCCACGUUAGAACCCUUCUACAAAAAACAAAUCACCACCAUUGAAGAAGAGAUGAAGUUCACCGAAGUCAUGGCUGAUCUAGUCCGCACCCAUUCCAACACCAUCCCGACUCUGGCGCAAGGCUUCCUCCAAUGUCGUAAAUACAUCGAUCCCAUGGAAGUCACACGGUUCCUGGACCAACACCUCCGCGCGCGGAUUGGAACGCGGCUCGUUGCCGAACAACACCUUGCUCUGCACAUGGCCAGCACGGGGGAAUCCGCGCUUCGAAAACCCGACCCCACGCACGUCGGCGUCAUCGACCUCGCCCUGCAACCCGCCAGCAUCGUACGCACGUGCGAAUCAUUCGUCGGAGAGAUCUGCGAAUUGAAGUACGGAGUGCGACCACAAGUCGUCAUCAACGGCGAAGUCGAGGCCGAAUUCGCACAUAUCCCAAUGCACAUUGAAUACAUCAUCACCGAGUUACUUAAAAAUGCAUGUCGAGCCACAAUCGAAUCCGGCAACGAAGCCCAUCCAAUUGAAAUCACCAUCGCCACCGCCCCGGACGUCGGCUCCGCGACAAAACUCGAUUCACUACGGAAAUUGUCCGUGUCGGAAAAGACGAAUUACGAUUUCAGUCAGGAUGGACUAGAGGAAUAUGUCUCGAGUCAAGAAGCAGAUGUCGAGCCGUUGAAUACAGCUGCUCCGUGUAUUACACUCCGGAUUAGAGAUCGAGGUGGGGGCAUUGCUCCGGAUGCGUUGCCGAAUAUUUGGAGUUAUAGUUUUACGACGUUUAAUAAAGAAGAGGCGGAUGCCGCAGUGGCGGAGAAUGGGAAUUCGGAUGGUUUGAAUGCCAUUGCCUCGAGUGGUUCGAAUCAAAGUACCAUUGCGGGUCUGGGGUAUGGGCUUCCGUUGGGAAGGGCGUAUGCCGAGUAUUUCGGUGGUGGGAUCUCGUUGCAGAGUAUGUAUGGUUGGGGAACGGAUGUUUAUCUCACUUUGCAGGGAAUAGGCAAGACGGAGGGGUUGAAGGAGGGACCGAGUGUUUUUGACAAGGCUAUGUCGAGGAAGAUGGAUCAACGGGGUUGAAAUUUGGAAAUGAAGAUGAAGAUGGAGGUGAUGGGUUGGUUGAUGUCCCAUGACAAAUGGAAAGAAAGCAGGGAAAACCUGAUGCAGAGUCUUCGGUUUCCCAUUGUAUAUACCUAUUUACAUCUACGUCGUCUAUGUCUGUUUGCUCUGCCUGCAAAGGCAUAUGAGCUGACGAUUUCUCUACCAGACAAUACACAACCCACAG